AUGGUAGAUUUGAGAAAAAAUGUGGCGAAGCAAUUCUAAAAGCAAGCUAUCAAAGGAGUCAAGGAUAAUCUUGGCAUAGAGUCUAAUGAUAACUCAGGCUAUGAGGGAUAAGGUUCAGGUGCUGAAAAUAGUCCAAUUAACUGGCAAAAUUACAACUACCCUCCCCUCUUCAAACUCAUACAUUACUCCACUGAUCAAUUAAAUGAUCCCUUUAGGAGCCUAGCAAAGAAGAUGCAUGCUUGUGCGAUUCUAAUUCUAGUGAAUACACUUUUAAAUCAUGUUCCGAUAUUCUCGUUUGCCUCCAUAUACAGUUUCUCUGCUGGUUACUAUGCAAUAUGCUAAGCCCCUAGUCACAGUAGAAAGCUUCUGAUCUAUAGAAUUACUCAGGUCAUCUUAAUCAUUGCUUGGUUUAUUUUCUCAAUUAUAAGGGCUGGUCCUUUUGAUGGAUGGACAAAGAUAAGUGUGCUUUCUGAAUGCAAUCUCGGCUUUUCAAUUUUCCUAGCUGUACUAUACCGACAAAACCCUUUCACAAAUGAAAUCAUCUCUAACUAGACUCAAGAAGAUGAUGCAGGGGGUCAGCGUGCAGGGAAAUACAGAAAGAAUGGAGGAGAUAAUAAUAUCUGA